GGUUUUGCGGAGAACAAAUGCCAGAAACCAAAUAGAGCAGCGUGCCCUGUAUCUCAAUUCAGUCCUGACACAUCGCUCGGGUUCUGUUUCGAUGCUCUCCCUUAUAUACUCAGAGAUUCUAAAGAUGCUUCGCAUGUGGGAUGUCCUAAAUUUCGAUGUGGAAAUCUUCUUUCCUGACGGCUCUCACAGUUCUCCUAGAGGAUAUUAUCGGAAACAAACGAGCAAGGAUUCUGAUAAUUCACAUAUUAUGACAUCACAAUCUUUAUUGGUGGAGAUAUUGAAAGAUUUAAAGAAUGCUUUUUGGCCAUUUCAACUUGAUAAUUCCAUAAGUCCGUUUGCAAGGGCAGCACAAGCUGCUCAGUGUUUCACUGGAUCCAAUGAUAGUGAAGAAAGUGCCUUGGGGCUUGCAUCUGCCAAGGCUGCUCGGCAUAGGAUGCAACGAGGUGUUUGGACUAGUGUUCGUUUUGGAGAUAUGCGUCGUGCACUAUCAGCAUGCGAACGCCUCAUCUUACUCGAAACUGAUCCGAAGGAACUAAGAGACUAUGGUGUUCUUUUGUACCAUUGUGGAUUUUACGAGGAAUCACUUCAGUACCUUAAGUUUUACCAGGUUACGAAGCAAUCUGGUGCAACUAACGACUUGGAGGAAGAUGCCGUAAAUAAACUAAUAAUUCGGCUGAACCUUAUUUUGAUGGAAGAAGGUUGGUCUAGGCAAGCGGACAUAAAAAAAGGUACGCUUUUCAAAAAUUCCGAACCAUGGUAGUUUUGGCGGGAAAAAAUGUUGUGAAGAAACUGUAAAACGUAACUACUAUAACUGAUUACUUGGAGACUCGGUACCGUAAAUAAAUAUACUUGUAAAUACGACAAGACUACUACUAAACCUUAAACUACUUUUCGUUGGUGCAUCUUCAGUUACCAAAUAAUAUGUUAUAUAAGUGAAAAUAUGCUUCAUAUAUUCAUAAAAAUAAUGAAAAUUACGUUUACACUA